AUGUGCUCCCGCCAGGACAAAGACCAGUGCCACCAGCAAGAAAGGUCCUCGUGCCACGGCAGUGAAGGGUGCAACAGGAGCAGUGGUAGCUCUGGAUGCCAUGGAAGCAGUGGUGGAUCUGGGUGCCAUGGAAGCAGUGGUGGAUCUGGGUGCCACAGGAGCAGUGGUGGCUCUGGAUGUCACAGGAGCAGUGGUGGAUCUGGAUGCACCAGAAGCAGUGGGGGAUCUGGAUGCACCAGGAGCAGUGGGGGAUCUGGUUGCCAUGGAAGCAGUGGUGGAUCUGGUUGCCAUGGGAGCAGUGGUGGAUCUUGUUGCCAUGGGAGCAGUGGGGGAUCCUGCCAUGGAAAACCCCAGGAUUGCCAGCAGCAGAUUUAUCAAGUGUCCUCAAAUAUGAAGUGA